AUGUUACCACAAAAUGAAGCACUUGAUAUUCUGGUUGAAUUUCUUCGAUUUCAUGGAUACACCAAAGUCAAAGGUAUUGAUCUUGAAACUAUUCGACAAUUAGCUGCAAUUGUUCUCAAAGAAAAUGUUUUUGUGUAUGGUAAUAAAAUUUACAAACAAGUACUUGGUGGUGCUAUGGGUUCAUCAUUUACAUUAACCUUAGCAAAUAUAUUCAUGUGGAAAUGGCAAAAAGAACUCGUUCGACGACAAGAUAUGACUGGUGAAUUUUACGGCCAAUACAUUGAUGACAUAUUUAUGACAUGGAAUAAAUCAGAAAAAUCGUUAAAAGAUUUAUUAGAUGAUGGAAACAAAUGGCAUCCAAAUAUUAAAUUAGAAUAUAAAAUCGGUAAAAGUCUACCAUUUCUUGAUGUUCUUUUUACCAACAAUAAUGGCAUUCUAACAACAUCGGUGUAUCACAAACCAGCAGCUGAACCUUAUGUUGUACCAUUCCUAUCUGAUCAUCCUCGACAUGUCUUCGUCAAUGUUAUACAAACUAGUCUGGCACGUGCUGCACGAUAUUCAUCUACAUUUGAAAGCUUCAAUAAUGAACGACGCUACAUUCAAUUAGCACUAUUAUAUAAUGGGUAA